AUGCAGCAGUCUCAGGAAAACGACCGGAGAAGAGAUGAGCUCGGCACGCUCAGAAACCGCUCCUUUGGUGGAUGCGCGACGUGUCGUAAGCGACACAUCAAAUGCGAUGAAGGACGACCCACAUGUUCUAUGUGUCAGUAUUUCGGGCUAGAGUGUGGCGGAUACGAGAAGGCACUCUUUUUCAAUCUGAAGAAUGCCGGACAGGAAAGAGUGGUUCGCUUCCGACGACCUCUGUUAACCGAAGCGGAGCGGAAACGUAUGAGCGACUGGCUCAUUUCCAGCGUCCCCCCAAAGUCGGCUCUGCGAAUACUUGCCCAAAUCGACACCGACUGUGACGACGCCAGCUCCGCCCCGGAUGUCCAUGUCUUCCACGGCCCUUUCGGAGCGUUUCGGUCAAAGCAGCCGGAACCUCAACCUCAAUGCCAGCCUCAGCUGACAACAGCUUCCACUACUAGCCCCUCAGUGCAGGAAUCGGAAUCCGGGGAAAGCAGCUCCACCGCCACACAGGAGUUGUUCGAUUCGAACGAUGGCUGUUUCAGUUCAUCUGAUCCUACCCUUUCACCCUGGACACAAGACCUAGUCCAAGCCAUCUACAACCAGUCAGAUCAAAUUUCGGUUCCAGCUUCGCCCGAGUUCUGGAACCUGGUUAUUGACCCGGCCUGCCUUGGCGGGGGCUUGGAGGAUUCCUUGCCUAUGUCGGAGAGCCAAGGAUUCGCCAGCGGGCCGUCAUUAUCAUCACAGAAUUACCAUUUCCCUUCAGAAGCACAGCAGAAUUGGCCAAUCAUAGGACAGAAUAUCUCCCUUGCGACGAGUAACUCGGACGUCGUUCCCCAGGACGCAGUGCCACUCCUCAAGCACUAUGCCACGACGGUCAUCACGUUGAUGACACCUCUCCAACACACCAAAACACCAUGGCAUAUCCUCUUCAUUCCUCAUAUCAAACAUUGUCUGGCGGCGCUGACGCUCGGUGAACAACUCGACCAUGCCCAUCUGACCGCAUUCUACGGGGCAUUGGCCAUCAGCGCUUUUAGUCUCGGCGGCGUCUCACAAUGCCAGGCAUGGAUUGCAAAGGGCAAGGCAUACAGACAGCGAGCUCGAGAGCACGUUCGACUGAUGCUUCAAACGGCCUAUCUCGUGCCCAAAGUGGCCAAAUAUAAAUCCAUUCUAAUGGCCCUUCUCACCAUGGUCCAGCUUUCCAUGUUUGCAGGAAACCGCGAUCAAACCGACUGCUAUUUCCUGGAAGCCGAGAAAUUCAUUCGCUUGCGAGGUCUCAACCGCAAGAAAUCGCGUAAGAUCCGCCUCCUUCACCACUGUUAUGUCUUUGAGAGGUUGUUUCAUGAAAGCACCAUGCCCAACGACGAAAAUCUGCCCCAGCGCGUCCAUGUGCGCCAGGUGAUCGAGUCGAGCGGCCUGGCCGUCCACAGUCACGACAGCCUGUCUUUCCGCUUGCCUGCCCUGACCCAAUGGAGCAACCUCGACGAAGCCAUGUCGAAAGUGAAAAGUCAGGAACUCGGCGAAAACGAUCUCCAUCUCGAACAGCCCGGCGAGUUCCCGCCCACGCUGUAUCCGGAGAUAUUUGGCGUGCCUGAGCCAUGGAUGCUGUUGUUGUCACUGACCAUUCGUCUGGGUAAAGAGAAAGAAAAUGCCGAAGAUAAACACAACGGUCACAGUGACAGGGACAGGGACAGUGACAGUACUCUCCCCUUGCAAGAUUUUUUGGUCCGAGCAAAGGCCAUUGAACGCCGGAUUAACCGGCUUCAGCCGAUCGCGGACAAGAGCCGCGUGUAUUCUUCUUCUGGUGAUUUGCAACAAUCACACAACAACACUGGCUCCGAUCUCCGCGUGCUGGAUAACAUGCUCGAGGCCGUGCAGCAUGCCUUGGCCAUUUAUUUCUAUCGUCGCAUCUAUGAUGUCGAUUCGUCCAUGCUGCAACAGCGGGUCGCUAGUGUGCGAGAUUGUUUGUUUCGAUGUGAACAUGCCGAUCCGACGGUGGUGCAUGGCUCGGCGGGGUUUAUUUGGUCUGCGUUCAUCGCUGCCUGCGAGGCAGAUGAUCCAGAGGUCCAGGUCUGUUUCUCGCAGUGGUUCAAGACGUGUGCGCAGCGUAGUGGCUUGACAUACUUCAGUGAUACGCUGGAGAGUAUUGAUCGGAUUUGGCAGGAGAAGCGUAGCUGUCCUGACGGUAAGGGGGUGACAUGGUUGGACCUCAUGAAGAAGGAGAAGUUGAACAAGGGGUUUGGGAGUAUUGCUGCACAGUUGUCCUAA